AUGCAGAAACGUAAUUACGCUCAAGUUGAGCGUGAAGCGCUUGCAAUCGUGUACGAAAUUCAGAAGUUCCAUAAGUACCUAUAUGGGAGGACACUUGAAAUCAUUACAGAUCAUCAGCCUUUGACACAAAUAUUCAGCCAACAAAGGCAUACAAGUCCGGUCGCAGUAGCUAGAGUACAGCGGUGGAUUAAUGUGCUUGCGGCCUACAGCUUCACCGUGAAGUAUCGUAAAGGUGAUGACCUAGGAAAUGCAGACGGCCUCUCCAGGGUACCAUUGCAACGCACCGUGGCGGUGCACAAAGAAGCCACAAAUUACGUUUCACCUUUGAAGGAUUUUCCCUUGACGGCGAAGGAAGUUGAGCGCGAAACGACGAAAGACAAUAUGUUACGUAAAGUUCGAGAAUUUACUCAGCAAGGUUGGCCAAAGAAGUGGAACCGAAAAAGGCUACCGGAAGAAUUCCAGCCAUUUGAAGUAAGAAAAGAGGAUCUCUCCGUAGACUGUGGGUGCUUGCUGUGGAACGGCCGCAUAGUAGUACCCGGUGCACUUCAGAACCAAGUAAAGGAUUUGCUACACGAAGACCACAUUGGUUUCAGCAGAAUCAAAAUGUUGGCACGGACAUUAGUAUGGUGGCCGAAAAUUGAUCGGGACCUGGAAGACAUAACAAGAAACUGCAGUGUAUGUCAAAGCAUGCAAAACGUGCAGCCAGCAGCACCAUUGCAACCAUGGGCCUACCCGGCUAGGAAAUGGGAACGGGUCCACAUGGACUUUGCGGAAGCCGAGGGGUCUCAUCUGUUAAUCAUAGUCGACGCUCACUCAAAAUGGGUGGAAGUAGGAGUGAUGCCAUCAACGAACGCCGCUCGGACAAUCGAAAAGUGCGUACCACUUUUGUGCGAUACGGACUGCCGUUAG